GUAUGUAUACAAUCAAAUCAUCAGUUACUUCGGUAAGGUCAGCGGUCUAAUUGCAAACUCUCGACCAGCCAAUCACAAGCGAGCAAGCAGAGCGUUAAGUUUUGGCUGCAGAUCAGACGAGGUUCCUAUUGGUCCAGAAUUUCAGGCUUGUUCCGUCGGGGGUCAAAGGCUACCUGUGAGGCACGCGAGUCAAUUGACUGAAAGCGUAAUCGCGGAAGACUCGUUAAAGCUGCAGUGUCCAUCACUCCGAGUUUGAGAGAAAGAGAUAAGCGAAACGGCACGGACAGAGGGCGGUGAUGGAGCAACGCAAAGCUCAGGCUCCGACUCUUUCCUUCAGCGUGGAGUCGCUUAUAGCCUGCGAAAAAAGCAUCAAGGAGCGGCGGAAAAGUUCGGAGUAUCCGUUCGUACAAAGUCAGGUUUCAUCGCAUCAAAACACGGAAAAUGUCCGACAGCACUGUGUCCAAACUUCAUUCGUCAAAUCGGAGUCUCCGGAGCCUGAGGAUUUAGAGGCUGCCUGGGUAACUAACUCUGCGUAUUCACACACACGGCAGGUGAGUCCACAGUGUACACUGCGCAAGCACAAGUCCAACCGCAAACCACGCACACCUUUUACCACAGCUCAGCUACUGGCACUUGAGCGCAAAUUCCACCAAAAACAAUACCUGUCCAUUGCUGAGCGUGCUGAGUUUUCCAGCUCACUCACACUUACAGAGACUCAGGUGAAGAUCUGGUUCCAGAACCGCCGUGCCAAGGCCAAGCGACUUCAUGAGGCUGAACUCGAGAAACUUAAACUGGCUACUAAAUCUCCACUGACAUCAGGUCCAUCCUUUUUUGAUGUGGCACUGCCUGUUGGGCAGCCACUCUUCAGCAACUCGUUUCCUUACCAGAGGCCCCUGGUGCCUGUUUCGCCACUCGGAGUAUAUGGAACACCUCUUGGAUAUGGCUUGUAUCACCUGGCAUGAAGGGAUGUAAUGGAAACAGCCAAAAAAAAAACUAAACUAAAACCAGUCUGUGAAUGCAAACUACUUGAUCAAUCAGAGAUCUCAAAAGUGCCUGACCUGGAAAGAGGACACCUUUGCCUUUAAUCCAUAACUGAUUGAUUUUAUAUCAUUACUGUAUGGGUGGAUGCAUUCAUUGCUUUGUAUUUAUAUGUGUAUGUGCAUAUGUGUGUACAGUAUGUGCUUUUUAUUCAUCUUAAUGUAAUGUAUUGUAAUUCAAAUAAUUCUUUCUACAUCAAAUAUUGAUUUAGUGGUACUGUUGAUUGAUUUCUGCUGUUUAAAUAAUUGGUUUUAUUUCCAUUUGCUUCAUACCUCAACCUAAAAACAAAAUGCAGUUUAAUUGUCAAAGCUGAAGACUCAGUACUUAGAUCCUUUGUGUGGUAAAUUAAUUAAACAUCAGUUUAGUUUUCCAAGGAUUGGUAUUAGCUUUCACCACUCACUUUAUAAAAUGUAUAGUUAUUCAUUGUUACAUUGCUUUACGUUACAUUCCUUUGUGGCCAUACUAUUUUUCUACUCCGUUUUGCAUAUACUGUUUUUUCCCCCUUUGAGUCCUUUGAAAAUGGUCACAUUCUACAGAUAAAACAGAAGUUAUUUUUUCCCCAAAAUAGAAUAAAAUUAUUACCUAUGGAUUAUUA